GAGAUGCAACAACAGAUGUUGAGGAUGUAUUCCCAGGUAUCCCCGUUGAGGGCGCUCUGCUACGUGCUGUUGAUGCCAGGUUUGCUUGAAGCAACAUCUCUGGAGAAAGUAAAGAAUCCUGGAGCAAACUCAUUCAGUAUCGGUUCUGCUCAGGCUCAUGAUUUCUUGACUAAUUCUCGACCGAAGAGGAACGCUGACCCAAAGUGGUACCGAGGCUCUCCUGACUUCCAGUCCUACUACCGCUUCUACAACAGUAUUGGACACAUUGAAGGACUCUAUGAGAUCGACAGGAUCAGGAUGUUGUAUCAGCAGAUGCGUCACUUGGAGCUGACCUAUGGCCCAGAUGCCUCCAGUUACCAAAAUGUCAUGGGUGUGCUGACGACCACCGCACCACCCACUACUACCACUCAGCCCCCUCCACCCCCGACUACCCCUGCUCCUACACCAGAUCCUCUAGAGAACGCCCAGAGGAUCUAUCUGUGUCACCCCAAAGAUCCACUGUGCAAACCUUCCAUCGUCUACCUGCCGACAGGGGCUGUUCCAGUGCUGUGCGACCCACGACACAACCCCGCCUGCAGGCCCAAAACAGAGGAGGAGAUAAAAGCUGCUGCUCCUCCCCAGCCGCCCCCGGCCCCUCCUGCUCCCAAAAAGUCUGAGCCACCUCCACCUCCCCCACCUCCUCCUGCCGUCACUGCCAAAGGUAUGGAGUACGACUGUGACCCAUACUGGGACCCCGACUGCCUCAUCGAUCACCCUCCCCGCCCCAUCCAGGAAACAUCAGCACCGGAGGCACCUGCUGAAGAGAAAGUGGAGGAAGAGGUAGUAGUAAAAGCAGAGGAACCUGCCCCUGCAGCACCAGCCACCCAGAAACCCCUCAACCCAUAUUUUGACCCUUACGAUUUUAAACGUGACCUUUAUGACCCCCUUCAGUAUGCCACUCCAGAUGAUGAGGCAGAGUAA